AGCUCGCGCUGCGCGGUUCGUCCCGGUUCGCGUCUCGAUCCGAACUCCAACUCAAACCCAACAAAUAUCCAUUGACGUGACGUCUUAAGCAGCCAGGAUUUUACGCAAAUCGCAAAAAAAAAAAGUGUUACCACGCACCUGAUAUUGCGCAUACGACACGUUCAACACGAGCAUGAAGGAGACCAAGGUACUGGAGGAAGGCGGCGUCGCGCUGCUGCCGGAAUCGCUGCUGAAGAUCGCAAAGCGUGAGCUGAGAGAGGACAAGUGCACGAGGGAACAGAGUCUGGAGCAGCUGCGCAACUGGGUGUUGAAGAACGAGGAUCUUCAGAAUGUGCGAUGCGAUGACACAUUUCUGCUGCGCUUUCUGCGGGCCAAAAAGUUCAGUGUGCCGAUGGCUGAGCAGACGCUUCUCAAAUAUCUGAACAUACGUCGCACAUUUCCGCACAUGGCCACCAAGCUGGACUUUCUGGAGCCGCGUCUCAGCGAUGUGAUUGAACAGGGAUACAUAUUUGCGGUGCCGAAGCGGGAUAAGCAUGGACGUCGGGUGGUGAUCAUCAAUGCCAAAGGAUUGAAUCCAAAGUUACACACAAGCUGCGAUCAGGCGAAGGCACACUUUCUCACCUACGAGUGCCUGAUGGAGGAUCAGGAGACACAGAUCACCGGACUGAGUCAUGUGGGUGACUUUGCGGGCGUCACCACAUCGCAUGUGACCAACUGGAAUCCCACAGAGUUCGCACGCAUCUUCAAAUGGGGCGAACAAUCGCUGCCGAUGCGCCACAAGGAGAUUCACCUGAUCAAUGUGCCCUCGACACUCAAGUGGCUGAUUGAUUUUGUGAAGAAUCGCGUCAGCUCGAAGAUGAAAAAUCGCCUCAUCAUCUACGGCAGCGAGAAGGAGCUGAUGAAGGGCGUCGAUGCCGAGUGUCUGCCCCAAGAGAUGGGCGGCACCAUGCCCAUGCGUCAGAUGAUUGAGCUGUGGAAACAGGAGUUGGCCGCCAAGCGGGACAUGAUCUUGGCUCUCGACGAGAGCAUAUUGCUCUCGGAUCGUGGCAUUCAACGGCGCAGCAGUUACAACUCGGAGAAGACAAGCACGGGCACCAAUUUCGUCUCACAGAUCGAGUCCAUUGAGGGCAGUUUUCGAAAACUGGAAUUCGAUUAGGCCCCCUCUCAGAAGAAAGAGGAUUUGGUUAGUUCAUUAAGCUAUUUGUAUUAGGCAUUAUCCUUAACUUGUAACUGGCACAACAAACAUACAAACACAUACUCAGCGCUCUCUGCUUUGCUGUUUGCUCAUCAGCUUCGCUUUAUCAACGGUGGCACCCCGCUUUAACACACACACACAAACACACACACUCAUGAAUCCUGUGCUUAUGUUUUGUAAACUAUUUUUCAAUAAAAAACAACCAACAAAUC